AUUUUUGCAUGAAUUUAUGUCAGUUUUGGCAACAACAAUGAUUUAAAAUGGACUCAAUAAAAAACAUGUUGGAAGCUGAUAAUGGGCUCCAUCAGUUCCCGGGUUCACUGCCACUGAUCAGUAUGGAUGGAUGUGAUGAGGAUGUUACAUCACUUGCAGUGCAGCCAGACGCCAGCAGCAGCAUCCAGCUCGGAGGUAACGCGGCGCACAAAAUACAGCUGGCCAUAUUGUGCACCAGCUCGGCUGCGUCAGAUCUAAAAACACACACACUCACUCACUCACACACACAUACACACACACACACAGCAGCGCUGGAAGAAGAAGUCACCGCCAGAGAAGAAAUAUACUGUUUGAAAACUCGGCUGAGCUGGUUGGCGUCUGUACGUGCGGGGAAAAUGGUUAAACUGGGGAAUAAUUUCAGUGAGAAAAAUAACGGGAAGGUGGUUUCUGAAGACGGAUUUGACACCAUCCCUCUCAUAACACCGUUAGACGCCAGUCAGCUGCAGUUCCCUCCACCAGACAAGGUGGUGGUGAAGACAAAGGCAGACUACGAUGGUGAGAGCAAGAAGGGGAAGCUACGAUCUCCUAAAAUUGCUGAGUUCUCAAUAAGCAUCAUUGAAGGCGUAUCUGAGCGACUCAAAGUGACCUUGCUGGUGAUCUGUGCCCUGGCCUUCCUGGUGUGUGUGGUGUUUCUGGUCGUCUAUAAGGUCUACCAGUAUGAGCAGCCCUGUCCUGACAGCUUUGUUUACACGCAAGGUCGCUGCAUGCCGGCUGGGAUGUAUGGCAACUACCCCCCUCAGGGACCUGGGGGCCGUGGGCGCCUCUUUACCCUCAUCAACCACUACAACAUAGCCAAGCAGACCAUCACUCGGUCAGUAUCACCAUGGAUGACCAUCAUGUCUGAGGAGAAGGUCACCCAGCAGGAGACGGAGACUGCCCAGAAGCUGGCUUAACCAACCUGGGAUCAGGAGGUGGCCUCACCUGCUGCAGAAAAAUAAAUAAUAUGGUUGUGCCAUUCAAGCAAACCUCAGAGUCCUGUGGCUUUCUGUUGGGUCAAAUCAACUUCUCUCGUCUGAGGUGCUAUGCUCCCUUGUUGAUGUAGUUUGAUCAGCUGAUGUGUACUGUAGCAGGAAAUAUGUGGAAAUUUUGAACACGUUUUCAGCAAAGCGAGGCUUACACUUGGCUGGAUUCAUGGUUUGUUUGAAUAGCAUACGUUAUUAUUUAUAUACUCAUCACAACAGAGUGGCAAAUGUGUAGAAAAAGCCACAGAAAACACAAACACCGACACACAGACACACACUCACUGUCUUUGUACAUACACAUAUGUAACAGAACUCACUUUAGUACUCAGAUUGUGAAAUGACUGUGAAACAUCUUGUGUCUGCGUCGCUUGUUUAAACACACAUGCACGCACGACUCCAAUAACAAUCAGUUUGCUUUCAAUCUCCGUCUUUUCAAAUACAUCAUAUACUGAUAGCGCAUGCAAGACCCCAUGAGGUCAAGCGAGUGGUAAGAUUCUCAUGAGGCGACAAAGUUUGCAGCAUAUUUGCCACUGAGGUCAUCUGUGUCAAAAUAUUUUACUGUCAUGAUAUUGUGAAUAAUCAAAGCUUGACCAGGAGGAAAGCUUUUAACCAGCGAGAAAAAGACUAUUUUAAAUCAUGUUGUUUUGAUUCAGCCCAUACUGCUCUCUGCAUAUAGUGCUGUUAAGGGGUUUUUAGUAUUAGAUGCUUACGUCUUUUUAACCAGAAUUAAUGAUUGUCUCCAUCUUCAUUUAAACUCUUUGUGAACACCAUGUGUUUUUUUUGCAGGCUACACAAGACUUCAUUAAUGGUUACUUUUCAUAGCAUAACUUUUAUGCUACUGUAUUGAAUGUUUUUGCAUUGCUAGUGAAGACACUGUAUUGUGCAAUGCUUCGCAUUGAUUAAUGUCACCAGAUGGCUUAUUGGCAGCCAUCAGAAAUAGUAGACUUAGGUUGAUGUAGUGGAACAAUCUGACAGUAGUUGCUUGUCCUGUUGCUUUUUUCUGUAUUUGUCAUUUAAAUUAAACUGUCACAAAUUAUGUACCUUUUUCAAACAAUGUAAUGAUUACCAUUGAAGUGCAUUUGCUACAUAAAAAUGUUAAAUGAAAAACUGAAAUAAA